GACGCAGCGACCGACAUCAGUAGUGGCUGUAAAACUAGCAAUCGGAAGGAAUAGUAAAAGCAGUGAAGGCGGUAUCGGCAGUGUUGGUCGCUGCUUCGUAUCAAGCCGCCUACUACAAGCAAGCAAGCAAGCAAUCAUGACUGAGCGAGCUAGCUAGCUAGCUAGCGAGCGGGCGUCUCCAGUGACAAUAACAUCCGUAAUAUUACUUAGUUGAAUCUGCCAGCUACCAAUCGAGUGAGCUCCCGCCGCAAACGACAACACCAGCGGCGACAUAGCUAUGGCAAUAUUAUGGUAGAUAUUAUAGUAGCAAUACGUUUUAAGGUAGUGGCAUAGCAGCAGAUAGUGGCCGUUACAACGAGAGGCCACUGCAGUUGUCUUUGUUGUUGAUCACGAUAGUGAUCAUGAUCUUGCUCUCCAACUUUCCUAACUAUAGAACUGUGUACGUAUGUUUUGCAACAGCAAUAUCGUGCUUUGCUGCCUGACGAUGCCAUUCAGCAAGUAGUGGCUACCAUAGUCCUUUCUACCAGCUGCGCUAAACAACGAUUAUUUCAGAUCGAUCCAGCCAUCUAGCCCAGUUACCUAUUUCGUCCUGUCAACGGUGAUCUUUGGCAAAGUAGCGACUUACUACUACCAGUGCAACAGCAACAAUCAACCACUACAGCUUGCGCAGUGACGGCUGGCAGUGCGCGAUCCCGUAGAAGGGAAUGGUGGCACCAAGCGUCAUUUUCGACCUGUUAGCCAGCCAACCAGCACCGUGUGGCGACUCUUAUCCGACCACGGCAAGCAGCAGGCAACAGAAGGACACAUCGAGGAACAGCGCUGAAUAGGACUAGUGACGGCAUAACAACAUUAUCAUAAGACAGGUGGUAGCAGGAAGAAGAAAGCCUAGUUCAGGGCCAUCGAUUGAAUCACGACCGCUGGUCACUGCGAUGUCGACAACGACAUCCGAGGACGCUGAGAGACACAAGACAGCAGCUGCAUGCCGCUUGUUAGCACAACGGCAAUAAGAGUAUGGCAAUACAACAAAAUACUAGUGCGAAGUAGGAACACAUGCGGGAGAGGCAGCAAGCAGCUAUCGAACGAGCUUAGUCAACAUAACAUAGGGCGGCAACUAGCUUGAGUGCCACGAAGAGUCUGGCCACAGCGGCACACAAACGCUUAAAAGGGAAACAGGCCUUGUGACAAAAGCGAAACAGCAUACACUGUUACAGAAGCCCUCGAGCCAAACAGGAAGCUUGACAACCUACGCCUGGCUACGAUACAUUCGAGGUGCUAUUUCACGGAAAAAAGAAGGAACAUAAAUGUGAAGUUCGCGAAUGACUAUGAAGACCAGAGAAUGAGACUAAAAAUGCACGAACUUUGGUCGUGGGCUUUGUGUGUACACGGUGCGUGAGUUGUUGCUUUGUUUUUUUUUUCGACGACGAUGAGCAGAGUAUGUUAAGCAACGAGGAGAGGUAAGUGGUCGAUCGGUCGCGGGUGGUGAUGCUCAACACCAAGACGACUGUCAACAUCCAUAGUGGUUAUCGUUAUUGCAAUUAGUGUCUUUAAGUCUACUAAUGCCGCUGCUGUUGCUGUUUACCGUCGUGCCACAGUGCAUGCACCGACUGCUGCAGUUGAGCUGAGUAGCAGCUUACGCAGCCUGAUCUCACUGCAAAUUAGAAGCUACGAUAGUAUCAAGAACAGAAACUUACGUGACAAGGUGUGCUUCGGAGGGUUGUAAACUCAUUUUUACUACUUCGUUCUCUAAAUUAUAGUAUAACAUCACGACUAUUAAUGGUUACUAUAACAUUGUAAGUAUACAUCUUCACUGCGCUGUCGCUGCCUCUGCAGGCGCCGCAAGACUACUUAGCGGCAAUAGAAAAACGUUCUUACGAAUAAUAGUAAAUAGUAAACGUAAUAAAACCAAUCAUAAUAGCAGAAACACAUCGACAAGAGACAGUACAGGACGCAUCACAUAAAGGUCACCGCUAAAGUACGUGCGAAAUUACAACUGCAGCUCAACAGGACACCGCAAGAUAAUUUUCGUCAUCGUCAGCAUCAUUUCAUCAUAGUCGUCGUUAUCGGUGCAUGAUAAUUAUUAAUUAAAACCAAAUUAUCGUUGUCGUCUGUUCCGAGUACGGCAUCCCAUUGCGUUUAUUGUCGCCCGUUUGUGAGCAGUAUCUGUAAUCUAUUGUCGAUAUCUACUCUCAUUCAAAAAGGAAAGCCUUUAUUACUGUUUUCGAGCUUGCUCCGCGAGUUCUUUUAACUGACUCAGUCGACAUUGCCAGCUAGCGUUACUCAACAACAACCGCGGUAGCACGCUGAAGUGACAAUACGUGAGUGUCGCCGCACUACAGAAAAAUGACGGACCAGAAAACGAAGACAGACGACGGGGAAGAGUCAACCGAGGAAGAGCUGCUGGAGGAACUCGAAAAUCUCCGAACGAAGAUCGCCAAGGCGCAGGCGGCGGCCCGUGAUGCUGAGCUCAGUACGUACGUCCAGCAGUUCGCUCCCAUUCAGGGCCUACGGCUAAAGGGUCGGAAGAUUCUUAAAGGGCACAUUGCCAAAGUGGUGGCGGUGGAUUUCGCCGGAGAUUCGAAACAUGCGGUUUCAGCUUCUCUUGACGGAAAACUGAUGAUAUGGGACACGUGGAGUGGUAAUAAGGUCCGAAUCAUCCCAGUACGCACAACAUGGAUUAUGGGUGCGGCCUUCGAAAGUUCGGGUCGUUUUGUGGCCGUGGGUGGUAUGGAUAAUAUGUGUACAAUUUACGAUUUGGACAAAAAGUGGACAGGGAGCGGUGCCGGAAGCGAAGGUGGCGGUGUUCUGGGCGCUGCACUCGUCCGGGAACUGGCGGGUCUUCAAGGCUACCUCAGUUGUUGCGUGUUCGUGCACCAAGACCGAAUUAUUGUCGGCUCCGCCGACACAAAAAUCUAUGUGUUCGAUAUCCCAAACGGCCGCAAGUUGCAGGAGUAUACAGCGCAUGACGCCGACGUCAUUGGUAUAAGCGUUCAACCUGGCGAUACCAAUGUGUUUGUCACCGCAUCGAUGGAUAAAACGUGCAAACUGUUUGACUUGCGACAACCUGAUCAGUGUCGACAAAAUUUUGCCGGUCAUGAAUUGGACGUGAACGAUGUCAGCUUUCAAAAUAAUGGCCACAUGUUUACGUCAUGUUCAGAGGACAAAAGCUGUCGCCUCUUUGAUAUCCGUUCCGACAUCGAAGUCGCAUCCUUCUGGGAACCCGCCAAACAAGCGGCCUUCACUUGCGUGGCCAAUUCGAAAUCUGGACGCCUUCUUCUGGCUGGCGCGGACGACGAUACUGUACACAUAUGGGAUAUUGUCGGCGGGUCCACACCCGAGGAGAGUCAUCUAGGAAAUUUGUGGGGCCAUGACGGUCGCAUAUCGUCAAUGUCGAUGGCACCAAACGGUAUGGCCGCGGUGACUGCCUCUUGGGACAGUUCCGUGCGUAUUUGGGCUUAACAACUGACGCUCUCCAUGUCAUCCACCCCAAAUAAUAAUCCCACAAAAGGAGACUGAGAUAUCGGUAGACAUCUUCGGGGGGUGGUAUGCAGACAGCCAAAAACGGAGGUAGAUCGUGCACUGUAACCAUGUCAGCCGUUUGCGUUGAGCAAGGCCAGCAGCAUCGUUUGCCCUACUUCUAAUACUGCUAAUAUUUAUACUAAUAUGGCUGCUUGAGCGUCGUGAAGCCUCCAGAAGAAUAUCUGCUCACUCACCUCUAUAUAGCCCAUAAUAACAAUAAUAUCCCUGAAAAAAGAAAUUCGAGAGAGAAAGAAGCUGAUAAAAUGGAAAUCGAGUCCACCUCCAGCCAACAAACUAGACUAAGUAGGAGAAAGCCCAUUUGCGUCUCGUCGACAGGAACCCGAUUCACUCAGUCCGUCUCUUUGACCGUUCGGUAGCCCAUGAAGGUGUUGAGAAUAAAACAAAAAUCUUUUUAGCGUCAGCUAGAAUUUAAUAAAAGCUCAAGAGCAAGAGGGAAAGAAAGUAAAUGGCAGGCGGGGGAAGCAAAUACAAUCAAACAGCAAACGAGAGUAGUGGCGAAGGCACGAUAUAUAGCACGGAACAGCGCAGGUAGUGAUACGCCUUAUGCAUGUGGAUCAUGUGUACGCUUCCACAACGUGCACACCGGCCAAAGAUUAUGGAUCAGGGUCUUUCUUUUCUUGGCGGUGAGAGAACAUUGCAGUGCAGCCCAGUUUUAGAGCUCGCUGGCCACAUUUUGGUCAAUGGAUAUUUAUUCCGGAGCCACAUAGCAGUGGACAGAAUUUUUUUUGCAGACAAAAGACAACUGGCAUGAGAAUGCAAGAGCCCAUUUAUCGUUCGUCGCUGACUGCAGCCGCAAGCAGUAGCUGGCGGAUAACGGAUAACGAAAUACGGUCGGGCCGAGGACAUCAUUAAACAUAAGACGCACGCACACGUUGAAUGGAACUGAAUGGAAUUGCUAACUGUAAGGACAGAAAGCUUGAAAGAUACGAGUGCGCGGGCAUAUAUGUAAGGCGAAGAUACUGAUAAUGAGGUGUUAACUUUAAAUAGAGAAUGAUAACGAUGAAAAAAAAACGGAAUAUAUAUAGGAUCAACCCUCGCCCGAUAUAAGACUGCCACGGAGGACAUUAAAAAUCAUAAGGUGACAGCAGCGAAUAUCUACAGCAGGCGCUCAGAGGAAUCAUUUGCUGCUCAAUUGACGUUUUGUAGAUCAUCUGACGUGGCAAGGAAUAAACUGCCAAAUAUCCGAA